AUGGACAAGGAUUCUGUAAUGAAAAAGGAGACCCUGAGCCCAAAACCUGAAGGUUUAGGUGACCUGAGUCGAGAGGUAAUGAGCAGCAAGCAACAAAAAGUCAUGGGAACAGCCGAGCGCUUGGUUGGGACACUGCUGGAGCCACAGGCCCAGCAGCACUCAGGUGGGGCCAUGAAGGUGGACGUGUCGCCCAGUGCCUUCAGCAGCACCAACACGCCGGGUUCCAGCGGGGCUGCGUCCGGCACCGGGCCCCUCGCCCUGCGCUGGCUGCAAGAGCCUCCGCCCUGCUGCCUGGGUGCCCUCAGCCCCUUUUUGUGCAGUGAGUUCCUUCAUGGCUCCUUCCACCAUCCUCCAAACAGUGGUUCCCUCCUUUCUGCCAUAACAAGAUCAUGCUCUUUUCCCAUACAGCUGUUUGUGGGUGGCCUUCUUCAAGGAGCAGCGAGACAGAAGAGAAAUGAUGACUUAAGCAGGAUUGAGAUUAUACGCACAAUCGUGCAGGCAGAGCAGACGCUCUGCUUCGUUUGUGGCAAUCUGGGGGCCUUCAUCACCUGCGCAGAGCCGGGCUGCGACCGCAGCUUCCAUCUCCCCUGCGCUUCCAAGGGUGAAUGCGUCACCCAGUACUUUGGAGAGUACAGGUCCUUCUGCUGGGUGCAUCGUCCACAUCAGGCAGUGGAGGCAGCGCCGGCGCAGGACACGACCUGCACCAUCUGCAUGGACCCCGUGGGGGACAGCGUGUCCUACAGCACCAUGGUGUGCCCAGCCUGCCAACACGCCUGGUUCCACCGGGCUUGCAUCCAGAGACGGGCCCUGUGUGCGGGCAUUACUUUGCAUUGUCCGCACUGCAAAGACGAGGAGGAAUUUUUUGAUUAUAUGAACGCCAUGGGGAUCCGUAUCCCAUCCAGAGGACCAAUAUGGGACAACAAUUCAUACGUACAAGAGGGAGACAAGCACAAGCGCUGCGAUGCCAGGGAGUGCCGUUACCCCCACGGCAGGGACCGAGCAGGAGAGGGGCCCUGGCAGCUGCUCCUCUGCAGCUCCUGUGCUGCGCGAGGCACCCAUCGGCGCUGUUCCUACUUGAGCCUGAGCACAAAGGCCUGGGAGUGCAACGCCUGUGCUGGAGAGGGCACCUCCUCCAGCAGCAAUGCGGACAGCGCUGGCCCCAGCACUGCCACCCAACAGGGACACGGGCCUCUCCAAGGCCCUGUGACAUCGCAGACGAGCAGCAGCUCCAGCAUCACCAGCCAGGCACCAUCGGGGUCGGCUCACAGUAACAAGGUGCCUGAGAGCAGAGGCCUGUCCAGCCAGCGCAGGAUAAAAUGGAAGAGAAUGUGCUCACGUUUACAUCGCGCUGACGAUGCAUGCAACGAGCUCCAAGGAUGCUAUGGGAGCAGCCGUGCUGCAGCCCCAAGUAGCGAGAGCAGCAUCCCGACCUCUGCCAGCCAAGGGACAUCUUGGUCCUCGACGCACUCCCGAGCAGUCGGCUGCAGUCGCUGGCGCAGACAGGGACCGCGGGCGUGGACAAGAAGCCGCCCUCCAUUGCAGCGCGGGGCCACAGGUUCCCCGAGCCAGUCCCAAAGACACUGUGGGAGCAGGCAGGAUCCAGUCCCAAGUGCUGAGAGCUGCACCCACAGAUACACAAGAUGGGGAGCACCGUGGUCCUCGAGGGUUUCCACGGCGGCUGAGAGAAGGCAGCCCAGGCAGACACGGCGGGCCAGGACUCGGAGCCGCUCCCCUCUCAAACAUCGGGCUGCAGAGACCAACAGCCAGCCCCAAAGACGCCACAGGAGCCGGUCCAGGUGGUGAAGGCCAGCCCGGGGACGAAGCCGCUCCUGGGUUCCACGUCGGGCCCAGAACAUCAACCGCCGGCCCCACUGAUGCUGCAGAAGCAGCCGUGUGCCAGCUCCAAUUGCUGUGUAAAGUCACCACAAUCCAUCAAUAAAAGUGACAGUUCCAUCA